AUGCCUACUUCAGCUCGAACAAAAGCCGGUCGACCAUCAACAAAAAAUAAACAAACAUCAUCAACAAAAUCCAAAAAACGUUCACUAGAAGACAGUGAUCAUCAAGAUGGUAUACAAAAUGAUGAUCAGCAUCCACAAAAACGUACUAAACCAGCACCUGAAGUCGUUCAUAUGACAAAUGGUUAUACAACAAAAGUAAAAUCUCGUGCAAAGACUCCAUCAGCAUCAUCUGUAGUAAAUGUAACAUUUCCAUCAUUUUCACUUUCGAAAGGUGGACAAGUAUUAGCUGUUGGUGAUAAUGGUAUGGCACAAUUAGGUCUUAAAAGUGCUAUAAGUCAACGACAAAAUCCACAACCUGUUCCAUUACCUGAACCUAUUAUACAAAUAGCAACUGGUCCACUUCAUUCCGUAUGUCUUACAGAAAAAAAUCAAAUAUAUACAUUUGGUUGUAAUGAUGAACAUGCAUUGGGUAGACCUGAUAAUGUUAUUGAUGAUGAUGAUGAUCAAGCUGAUCAAUUUGGAUUAGUUGAUAUGAGUGGUGUUAUGGAUAUAAAUCAAGAAAAAAUUAUUCAAAUUGUUGCUGGAGAUAGUCAUACAUUAGCUUUAUCGGAUGCAGGAAAAGUUUAUGGUUGGGGAACAUUUCGUUCAAGUACAACAGGUGUUUAUGGUCUUGUACAAAAAGGUGUAAUGGCUAAAACACCAAUCGAAAUACAUUUACCAGAAAAAAUUGUUAAAUUAGCAAGUGGUUAUGAUUUUGUUUUGUUUCUAAGUGAAACUGGACAUGUUUAUUCAUGUGGUAAUGGUGAAACCGGUCAACUUGCAAGAUUAAAUCGUUAUGCAGCUGAAGAUGGAUUACGAGGAGGCAUUGAUAGGUUAAUUAAACCUGCACCGAUUAUUUAUAAUCGAAUAGGAAUAAAAGCUAAAAAUUUAUUAUUUGAUGAUAUUUUUUCUGGUUCACAUCAUUUCUUUUUAAAAGUUCAUGGUCAUGAUUGGAUAUUAGGUGGUGGUUUAAAUAAUUUUAAUCAACUUGGUUUACCAGUCGAUGAACCAGUUUAUUUUCCAACAUUUAUUCCUUCACUUGAAGGUAAAAAAUGGAUAAAAUUUUCCGGUGGACUUCAUCAUACACUUGGUUUAACUGCUAAUGGUGAGGUUUAUGCAAUGGGUCGACAUCAUGAAGGUCAAUUGGGUAUUGAUCAAUUAACAAAUCAUUUAAAUGAACCAACACUUAUACAAAAUCUAUCCAAUAUAAUCGAUAUUUUCUGUGGUAAUCAUGUUUCAUUUGUUAUUGAUCGAUCUGGUAAAGUUUUAUCAUUCGGUGCUGGUACAUCGUUACAACAUGGCCAUGGUCAACAAGAUGUUAAAGUUCCUCGUAUGAUGUCAUCGAAAUAUAUGGAUAUUAAAAUGGUUCUUAAUAUAGCGGUUGGUGCUCAGCAUACAUUAUUUCUCACGCAUGAUAAUCCAAAUAAAGAAGAAACUUAA